CAUGCGCACUGUGGAGCAGCAGUGCACUACGAGCAGUGGUGCUGAGUGAUCAUGGCUCUGUGUGUAAGAUCUCUGCAUUAUUCGGGUUUUAGCCGCCAGAUCCUGAAGACCACUGCAGUGUUCAGUAAACGGCACAUAUCGGAGCGCGUGUCCUCUAAAUCUGAGCCCCGCUCCGCCCCGCAGACUGCAGAUCAUGUCCUCUACACCCAGGAACACUUUGCCCUAAAGGACUCUCUGAGGAAGAUCAUUGAUCAGGAGAUCAACCCCUAUGUGGACGAAUGGGAGGAGAAGGGACAGUUUCCGGCUCACAGGAUCUUUAAGAUUCUCGGAAGUGCUGGCUUUUUGGGAGUCAACAAACCUGUGGAGUAUGGAGGUUUGGGGCUGGACUUCAGCUACAGCGUGGCUGUGGCAGAGGAGCUGGGGAGCAUCAACUGUGGAGGAAUUCCCAUGGCCAUCGGGGUCCAGAGUGAUAUGGCUACCCCUGCUCUGGCCCGGUUUGGAUCCGCAGAGCUGAAGAAAGAGUUCUUGCUUCCCUCCAUAAUGGGAGACAAAGUGGCUUGCCUGGGAGUGAGUGAAGUAGGCGCUGGUUCUGAUGUGGCGAGCAUUAAGACUAAGGCUGUGCGUAAAGGAGAUGAGUUUGUCAUUAACGGUGGAAAGAUGUGGACCACCACUGGAUCACAAGCAGACUGGAUGUGUCUCCUGGCAAACACGAGCGAUGGGCCUCCACAUAAGAACAAAUCCCUCAUCUGCUUACCCAUGGAUCUACCUGGAAUUCACAUCGCCCGUAAGAUUAAUAAGCUGGGCAUGUGGUCUUCAGAUACAGCAGAGGUGUUCUUUGACGACGUCCGGGUUCCCUGUAAAAACGUCAUUGGGGAAGAGGGAAUGGGAUUCACAUACCAAAUGCUCCAGUUCCAGGAAGAGCGCAUGUGGGGAGUUGCAAAUAUUCUGACCACAAUGGAGAAAAUCAUUCAGGAGACGAUUAACUACACCCGAGAGAGAAAGAUCUUCCACCAGCCAGUGCUGCACCACCAGGUAGUGCAUUUCAGGCUGGCAGAACUGCAGACUGAGAUCGAGCUACUGCGUUCCCUCCUAUACCGAUGCACAGCUCUCUAUAUCAAGGGCAAUGAUGUGACAAAGUUGGCGUCCAUGGCAAAGCUGAAGGGAGGUCGUCUGGCUCGGGAACUGGGGGACGGCUGCCUGCAGUACUGGGGAGGCAUGGGCUUCACCAGUGAUGUCCUGGUCAGCAGGUUCUAUAGGGAUUCCAGACUAAUGUCGAUUGGGGCAGGAGCAGAUGAGGUCAUGCUCUCAAUCAUCUGCAAGUACAUGGACACCCUACCCAAGAAAUAACAGCACUGAAGGAGCUGUGUAUGCUGAUUUAUAACAAAGUGCACUUAACAUAGGAAAAAGCUUGGAAAUUUCAGAAGUUUCAGUAUUGUUUUAAACAUGCCUCUCCAACAGGGGCUACAUUCAGGUUCACAUUACCAGACUGAAAUGAUGCAAAAACCAAACUGAAGUUUUUGCCUUAAUGUUACACAAAUCAGAUAAUUUUUGAGCUGUGUGGACAUGUUCGAUCCAGUCUUUUCCAAUUAGAUUUGUUCACAUGUGUGAUGCUAGAUUGGAAGUGUAUCUGAUUCGUGGGCAUGUGUCAUAAAUUAACAUUUAUAUUGGAUUAUAAGUGUUUAAUACUGUUGGUUUUUGUCAUCAUCCGGCAAUGUAGUAAAACUGCAUAAAUUUGCACAAUAUCAGUGUGCACGUGUGGUGUUUCAGGGACAGAUAGGUUCACAUUAAAGACAGAAACCAGGCAUUUUUGUACUUAUCAAUAUUAAUUGUCCACGUAGACAAAUAUGAUCUGAGCAAAAGUAUCAAAAAUAUUAAUUUAUGAAUGGUGCUUGAAAUGUGAAUGACCAGAAUUCAGAAUGGGAGACGAAGGGGACAUAAAAAGAGGAUUUCAAUUAAAAAGUGUUCAGCUUAAGUUUAAUGCCCAUAAAUCUAUUGAACUUACUAUAAGCUACAAUCAGUUGAUCUAAAACUGUAGUGUAUGAACUUUUAUAUUUGUGGGUGUCUACAUAGCUUUUAGCUUUGCUCACAAGCACUCUAAAUUAAUAAGGUAUAGAUGUUAUACUUUAAAACAUAAAUUCUGAACAUGCUGAUGUAAACACUUGUGUCCACUCUAAACCUCAUUCAUCACUCUGAGGGAUAAUAUAAGCAACUCCACUACUUUAGCCAAUUAAUGGAAUAAUCCUUUUACUGGCAUUGUGGAUGCCUCCAAGGGGCAGCAAGGAAAUAUGGACAGUUCUUGUUAAAACACAUAUUAAAUUUGCUUUGAUUUUUAAUAAAAAAAAAAAAACAGAUUUAUCAUGUUGCCUUAACAAAAGGUAUUUCUCUACUUGAUAAGCUUGUAAAUAUACUGAUUAUUGUAGUUUUCUUGUACUAUCUGUAACUGAAUGUAUGAUCUCACUUAUUUUACAAGAAAAGGAAAAUAAUUAAUAAACAACCAUACACAAACA